UCCAAGGGUCUUUCUCUCCACUUCCCAGUUUCCCAAGCAAACCAUGAAGUUGGGCAAAGGCGGUGGAGGCAGAGUGGCUCCGUUGGGGAGGGGGGAGAGAGGCCGGGCGGAGCUUUGGGGAGGGGAUGCUCCCGGGAAACCAGGUCGGGGGCUUCCUUGUUUUCCAAGCUGGGCGAGAAGGAGGUCUGUGGCAGACUUUUUUCCGGGCGCCGAGCAAAGAAGAGCGAGGGAUAAAGAUUGACAAGAGCCCGGCUGGAGGGCUGGUAAGUGUGGACGCCUGUGUAAGUGCGAGGCCAUCAUGGUGGCAUUUAAAGGCAUCUGGACUCAGCCCUUCUGGAAAGCUGUUUCAGCAGAAUUUAUGGCAAUGCUCAUUUUUGUGCUCCUCAGCCUUGGCUCUACAAUCAACUGGGGUGGAGCUGAGAAACCUCUGCCUGUGGACAUGGUCCUUAUUUCUCUCUGCUUCGGACUCAGCAUUGCAACAAUGGUGCAGUGCAUUGGACACAUCAGUGGUGGCCAUAUUAACCCUGCAGUGACUGUUGCAAUGGUCUGUACUCGGAAGAUCAGCCUGGCCAAGUCAUUCUUCUACAUUGCAGCCCAGUGCCUUGGUGCCAUCUCAGGGGCAGGCAUUCUCUACCUUGUUACCCCCCGGAAGCUGGUAGGGAGUCUAGGAGUCACAAAGGUACAUUCAGAACUCUCUGCUGGCCAUGGACUAGUGGUGGAACUAAUAAUUACAUUCCAGUUGGUUUUUACUAUUUUUGCCAGCUGUGAUUCUAAGAGAAGUGAUGUCACUGGUUCAGUGGCAUUAGCGAUUGGACUGUCUGUUGCAAUAGGACACUUGUUUGCAAUCGGUUACACAGGUGCUAGCAUGAACCCUGCUAGAUCAUUUGGGCCUGCAGUUAUUAUGGGGAAGUGGGAAAAUCACUGGAUAUAUUGGGUGGGUCCAAUUAUUGGAGCAGUUCUUGCGGGCGCCCUCUAUGAGUAUGUCUAUUGUCCCGAUGAUGAAGUCAAGCGUAAAUUCAAAGAAGCCUUUAAUAAAACAAACCAGCAGUCCAAGGGGAAAUACAUUGAGGUAGAAGACACCCGGAGCCACAUAGAGACGGAUGAUUUGCUCCUGAAGCCUGGAAUCAUCCAUGUCAUUGACCUGGAGAGAGGUGAUGAUAAGAAGGGACGAGACCCAACCAAUGAAGUGCUGUCAUCAGUAUGACUAGCAAGGAGCACUGAAAGCAGAGAACAGCCUUCUAGCAUGUCCACAGAUAGCCUUCCACCCAUAAAAGAGACAGAUCUGUUGUAAAUUAGGUACCUACGUCAGUAUCAAUUUUUAGGGAGAUGGCAACAUCACAUUAGCUGAGUAAUUGGACUGUACUCCCGUCCCUUUGAAAUUGUAGCAAUUAACUAGGUUGAGAGACCUCACAGAUUAUUCCAAAUUCAUAAAUAUAUCUCGGGCAAUAGUCAUGUGGGAAAUCUCAGAUUUCCCUCUGCAUACCGGGCAAUUUUUUGAAUGAAGCAUUGAUUUGUAUGCAGGCUGUUAUAAGCACAGAAAAGUGAUCUCUGACAAUCAGAUAUGACAGAUGAAACUUAUCUGAAGAUGCCUAUAGACACAGAAGGAAGUGUCUAUCAGAUUGUUCUUCUGACACUUAAUUGGUUGUUGUCAAUCCUGAUUAGAAUUUUAAUUACAAAGACUAUGGCAGACUGAGCAAUAACAGGGCCAGCAUGUAGGACAGAACAAAUCAUUUCAAAGCAUUGCCUUGUCCCCUUUUUUCUUUUCUUCUAAACUAAUUCUUUCUCAUUUUUUCCUUCCAUGUUACAUUUGGGAGAGUCAUAAUUCAGAGCACAAACAACCAGAAAGUGACAUUUGCCAUUUGAAAGCUACACUCAUUCCCCAAAGCCCUCUCUUUAUGACUACAGAUCUUGAAAGUAAAGAUUAUCAUGCUUCCAAAACUUCAUGGUAAAAACGUCCAUCGUUUUUGUUUUAUCCCUUCUUGAAAAAGUUCUUAAGUUAUUCAUCUAUUUUUCACAUUCUACUGCUACAGCUAUAGAAGUCAUACAAGGACAUGUCUUGUAAAUGAUGCAAUUUUACUUCUUGAAAUGGGUGCAAUUCAACCAAAGUUAAGCACUGCAAAUCAAUUUCAAUAUGAGACAUUCAAACACGUGCUUAACUUUCUGGUAGAGUCUUGAAAGAGGUUAGUUUUGCAAAUUAUACAUCUGCUAAAAGUAUGCAGAUGUGAGACGAUAAAGGCUGGUCUGUUUUCAGUGCACUUAUUCAUAAUUUUAUUAUAGCAGUUUUAUAUAACUGUAAUCUUAAGUUACUUAACAAUUUUUCACAUAUUUUUUUUAAAAGAUAGACAUAUAACAGACAGGAAUUUUGUUUAAACUACUGCUGGAAAACACUUUGGUAACAGAUGAUUUGCUUUUGAGUACACCAAUGCUAAUAACAGUUACUUUAGAGCAGCUUCAGAUUCAAUGCAUCUUUUAUAUACAAAGCAUUUUUGUGAAAAGCAAAGAUGCAAAUUUUGCAUAGAUUAUGUAGUAUGCAGAACUCUGACAUGUUUACUCUGCCUUGCCCACAUCCAGUGUACAUUUCUUUGAAAGCUACAGUAUAGUCAGCAGCAGUGUCUGAAAAUGCCAUGUGAUUGUUUUACUCAUUAAUAACCAUGCAGUUGAGUACAAUUUGUGAAUUUUCAAUGCAUCAAGAAACCAGCACAGAAACCAGAAACUAGCUUACAGGUUUAUGUGAUGUUUACUGAAUGUUGAGCCUGCUAUUUACAAAUUUCAAAUGCUUUUGGUAAAAAAAAAAAUCACACUUACACUAAUUGUGAUCAGAACUUAAUUUUGCUAUGGCUGAGAUUUCCUGGUACAUGAUGUAUCACUUCCUGUCAAAAAAUUAAUUAAUGAAAUGUGACAAUUACACAGAAGCAUCUUGAUAUAUCUAUUUUUAUAUGAAAUGACUAACUGUUGAUAUUUCUGGAUAGAGAAAAAACAAAGUCCCACAUAACCAUGAUACCGUGAUGAGCUACAUGCUGUUUCCUCCUUGGGAGUAUUAUUUAUUUAGGUGAAGCUAUCAUGAUUAAGCAGAUUCAAAGGAAAUGAUAUUAAAAAGAAGCAAUUGAAGAUAUUUUGCAAUCCAAGUGAAGAAACCUUAUUCAAAUUUCCAAUGCUAGUCCCUCCAAAGGAAGAACAUAAGAAGACAGAUGUUUAUAGUCUAUGAUACACUAUAGUAAAUGAUGUGCUGUUACUUGUUAGUGCUGAACACCAUGUUUGGUAUUUUUUGUUGAGCAAAAUAUGGGAUAUAAAUGAUUUUAUACAUAAACAAAUGUUUAUCUCAAUUAAAGAUGGGAGGGUCUGAAAAACUACUGGAAAGAAUUGGGGGAAGAAACAGGUGUUUCUCAUUUUUUCCAGUUUUUUCCCCAUUUUUCCAGUUUAUUUCCAAUUUUUCCCAUUUCCCUCAAUUUUUCUGGGUUUUUUUUUUAGGCCUUCCCAACUCUAAUCUCAAUAGAAUUAAGACUGGGCAGCUUUUGAUCGUGUGAGGCUUACUAGAUACAGAAAUUAAGCCUUGCACAUUGUUUUUAUUAGAGUAUGAAAAAUUGGGGGCUUUUGGUCUACAACUCUCAAAGUCCCCCCAUGCUUAUGGUGGCUUGGGAUUAUGUGAGCUGUAGAUUGAAAAAUUACAUUUCCAAACUCUGAUUCUCAUACAUAAAGGGAACUAAAUAUUUGGAAAUAUAGAACUGCCAUGAAAUGAAGGUGGAAGCUUUGUGGGUGACCUUGAAGCUCCUAAAUCUUCAGCAAAUCAUUGGCUCAAAAAUAUAACACUUAUAUACACUUGUGUAGCAAAACAUUCUUCAUUAUUUGAUGCCAAGUACAGAUCAAGAUAACAGAUUCAUUCAAUAUCUCUGAAAUUUUAAAACUUGUGAGGGAACUCCAUCUUAGGGAUGAAAAAUUUAUGAACUUCCAGCUGUUGGGCUGAAAUUUUUACACACCUUAGAAAUCAGAGGCAGUAGUGAGAGAAAAUGAGAAAAGUAUUUAAAGUAGUAUCACAGUUCUAUAUAGAGAGAACUGUGAUAACUACUUUUCUCAUUUUCUCUUACCACUGCCUCCCUAAGACGGAGUUCCCUCACAAGUUUUAAAAUUUCAGAGAUAUUGAAUGAAUCAGGAAAAGACCCAAAGUACUGAGUUGUCAUUUUAGUAGUCGGAUAAACUGCACAAAUAUCCUUGGUUACAUUUUCUUUGGUACAACAAAGGAGAGAUUGCUAUGGACACACCGCUGUUCCCUCACAGGUUUUACAAUUUCAGAGAUAUUGAAUGAUUCUGUUAUUUCGAUCUCUAUUUGGAAUAAAUGGCCACAACCUCAGAUGAUACUUCUGCAUUGUUUUGCACUGACAAUACAGUUGCUUUUUGGUUUUAUUUUGAGGCUUUAUGUUGUGUAGAAAACAGUAAACAUUUGACCCCAUGUUCUCUUUAAAUAUGUAUUUUCAUAACAUUUCAUCAAUUCAUGUUUCUACUUUACACUGUAUUUUCAUAAACUAUGAUGCACUUAGAAACCGUUCUGAUAACUUAUUGUUCAUAUAUGUUUAAUGUAUUAAUCUUUUGCUUGAGAUAGUUUUGGUUGUUGCUACUUUGUUGAGAACAGCAGGCAGUUGAACAAAGUAGCAUAAACAAAUGGCUAACUUCAGCAGAACUUAUGCUAGUUGAGAUUGAUAAAUCCCAUAACUUUCAAUGGGAUCAUCUAAAUAGGACUAGCCCUUUAAUUAGUAUUCAUGCUAGAUUUAGCCCUGAGAAAGUGGUGUUUUCAAGCCCUAAUUUAUGUUGACAAAACUAACAAGACCAUUGCAGCAGUGGGAAGAAAAUGUGGUCUACCUAAUGUUGUUGGGACUGUCUCUUCCAUCAGUCCUUGCCAGCAUGACAAACGAUAAAGAUCCCUUUGCUGAAAUACUUGGGUCCAGAAGUGUUUUGGAUUUAAGAUUUUGAAAUACCUGUGUAUGGAUGGACAUACAUAAUAAUAUAUCUUAGAGAUGAAUACUAACACACAAUUCAAUCUUUUCUUCUUAUAUACCUUACACACAUAGCUUGAAGGUAAUUUUAUAUUUUGUUUUUCUUGGGUCUGUGCACUAAAUAGAGUUUUUGGACAUUGGACCAUCAGAAAGCUAAAGUGUUAUUAUCUCAGCCACUUAUGUGAAUAAUUUUUGAUUUUGGAGUAUUUCAGAUUUUGCAAUUGUGGCAAUGGAAUACCCAACCUAUAACAAUUGCUGUCCAGCAACCUUUGGUGGCUGAAAUAUUACCCAUCCCGCCACUCACUGACAUUGGGAAAAUUACUUGUAGACAGCUUUGCUUGCUUUUUAAUUUUCCUUCUUUUCCCCAUGAUCUUUAAGCUGCUGAGCAGUGGUGACCAUUGAAAAAAGAAUCCAUGCUGGAAUUGUCUUACUGUUACCAAUGUGGGAAAUGAGGGCAAAUUGGCCCUCCCAUUUUAUACAGAAGAGAGAGAAAAUACCAUGCUAGCCCCAGAGUUAUCUAAUGUAGUUGUGGGCCUUUGAGGAGAUAUAUGUCAGAGGAGUGAGGAAGCCUGGGAUCCAGCAGACCUGACCUGACAUGCCUCCAGGCUGUUCUGCUUGAGCUCUCACCAGUCACAGGACAAGCCAGUCCACAGAGCAUACUGCAGGGAGGCACUCGAUGGGCAGCAAAGGUACUGCAGGCUCCCCCCACUCCCCAGUUAGAAUUGAAUUUAUACUACUUCCUACUGCCCUUCAAUGUCUAGCUGUAGAGUUUCAUCUAGAUAGCUUGAAACAUGUAUGUUGAAAGUAUAGAGAACUGUGAUAUGCGAAAUGGAUGUACCUCUAUGUGUUCACAUUCAUGCAUAUACAUCUGCCUAUACUAUAUUGGUAAAAAUAGGCAUAAAUUGCUUCUUUCUAAUGUAAGCUUAUUGUUAUGAUGUGGUGGAAUGUGUAUUGUAUUCUCUAGAAGGAAUUCACUGGAAAAUAUUCAUUGCAGUUCGCUACAAGGGAAUCCUAUACAUGCUUAGUCAGAAGUGAGGCUGACUAGGGGUGCAUCUACACUCUAGAACAAAUGCAGCUUGACACAACUUUAACUGCCAUGGCUCAAUACUAUGGAAUUUUGGAAACAGUAAUUUGAUGAGGCACUAGCAAUCCUUGGCAGAGCAGGCUAAAGACCUUGGAAGACUACAACCUCCAUAAUUCCAUAACAUUGAGUAACGGCAGUUAACUUGGUGUCAAACUGCACUCGUUCUAUAGUGUAGAUGUACCCUUCCUUAUUUCCAGGUUAAAAUUCACCCAUAUUUUGUGGUGUGAGUUUGAAAUGAAAUGCUUGUUACAUAGAAGGCAGGCAUGUAACAUGGAAAGCUAAGUACAUGACAGUAUUUUCCACCAUCCUGAAACUUUCACAUUAAAAUAAAGUAUCGAGGUGUUCUUUGAAGAACCUGGAGUAAAUUUGGAAAGGCAGGGGUCCACCUUAGCUCUGCAGGCAAAUUGCUGAAAUCAUAAUCUGAAAAAAAUUACAAAGCAAAUCUCAGAUCAGUCCUCAAAACCAUAUUUAUAAACUCCUUUUUAAGAAUGCAAAAGAUAACAUCCUCUGUCAUCCGUAGGACCAAUGCUGUGGGGAGAACUGAAUCUAAAAGUACUAAAUAGGCUAUUUAAAAUGAUCUAAUAAUGGCAUUUGAUCAAAACUGAUGUGGUAAUUCUGUAAUAAACUACAAUUAUAACAUUUGGAAUAAUCUACUUAAUAUAGAGAUGCUACUGUCGAUAAUAGAUUGUUGUUUCCCAUUUGUUGUGCUCUGUCCAUUACUGUAGUGUUGUAAAUAAACGAUUGUUUUGAUUCA